AUGAAGAUGCCUGCGACAUCCCGACCCAGCACAAUCAUGUCGCUAGCUGACGUCGACGAAGUAGCACUCUCAGCGAUUGCAGAGGCGUGUAGAAUACCCAAGAACAGAAUCCAAGAUAUCUACAGCUGCACGCCUCUCCAAUCUUCCAUGAUAGCUAAGAGUCGAAACGAGAUGUUCCAUUUCGUGCUUUCGCCGGCCCGCCCCGUCGACCCCGACCCGUUCUGCGAUGCGUUGCGCCAGGUGGUGGCACAUAACGAAAUUCUGCGCACCCGGAUCGUCAACUGUGCCGGCCUGGGCGAUGUCAAUGUCGUCACAGAUGAAGAACAUGUGACAAACCGCAACACUGGAUUCGACAACAUCGAAGUAUACCUGCGCGAAGAUGACGACGCACCACACCAUAACUUCGAUACAGGCGGGCUCCUAUUUCGAUCUGCCUACGUCGGACAUCAUGCAGUCCUUACGCUGCACCAUUCUGUAAUGGACUAUUGGUCAAUCGACAAGCUUAUCCAGCUAGAUUUGUCCGUGGUCUACGCCGGUGAACCGCCCAUAAAGCGGCCCCCGUUCAAGGAAUUUGCUAGAUACUGCCUUGAGAUAGAAGAGGAUGCAGCCAGAGCUUUCUGGAUGCCGCGUUUCAAGGCCGCUCCGGCCAUCUUCCCCGAACCUAGGUCUUCGCAGUCCGCCAAACCAUGUGUUAGCGAGAAAACACAUGGUAUUGAAGUUCAGUACGGCCUAGUCAAUAUCAGUGCUUUGAGCGAGCCUGCAAGGGCAGCAGCAGGCUUCCAGACACUCAUCAACAUCCGCCCUGCAGUAUUCUCGGGCAAGGAACCUGGAGACACGGCCAAUGGCAACCACGUCAAGUUGCGUAUGCUCAUCUUCAGCAUCAUGGAAGAUGGUAUCACGGUCUGGGCACGGACUGACUCGGCCGUCAUCAGUGAUGGACAUCUCGAUCGGAUUCUGAACCAGUUUGAACAUACACUGCGUUUACUGACCGAAGUUCCACUGCAAACCAGGCUGGCCGACUUGCCGCUUUUAGAUGCGCAUGCUCGAGUCGAUAUAUCAGACUGGAAUCGCUUCUUGUUUGAGAAGUCACUUUCAGCGAUUGUGGCCUUACUGGGGUUGUUGAAAGCGGGUGGCAUAUGUGUUCCGAUUGAGAAGUACGAUGAAGUUCUGCUAUCCAGUGUGGGAGCAGAGCUACUAGUCACGUCGUCUGCCAGCUACGCGCACGUCCCAAGCCUCAGGCCAAAUGUGUUUGUUGUUGGCCCAGAUUUCGUGCUAAGGGCAGUUGUCGAAAAGGAUUCGGAGCCCCUGCCAGACGGGCAUACCGCGACGACGCAAACGGAGGCAAUGAAGAGCACGGCGCAAGACUUGGCGUAUAUCUUUUUCACAAGCGAAGACUCAGGAGUGCGCCAGACACCGGUGAUGCUCAGUCACGGCCACUUGGUCUCAGCGUUAACAUGGCACGUGGAUCGAUUCGACUGGCAACCGGAUUGUCGCAUUGUCCAGUCCAGUUCAUUCGUGUCGAGUCAAAGCUUGCUUGAGAUUCUCGGAAGCCUUAUCGCUGGUGGCUGUAUCUGCAUGCCCUGUGUUGAUGAGGUCAAUCUACCAGCCUUCAUCACGUCGGCCAGGGCCAACGGAGCCGUGUUGCCCCCAAGCGUAAUCCGCACCAUGUCGCCAAGCGACGUUCCGGGCUUGCGCUUCCUGGCCUCUGUAGGCGGCGAAGCCUUCCCCGACGACAGAUUAGGCGAUACGUGGGCCGGUGAAGUGCGAUUGUUUAGAGGAUGGGCAUUGGGCGAAGCGUCCAUGUUGAUGACGGUCGGCGAAGUCGUCCCCAACCCGCGGUAUGCAGACAGCAUGGGCAAGCCUGUAGGCUGCCUUGCUUGGGUCACCAACCCCGAUAACACAAACGACUUGGCUCCGCUGGGUGGUGUUGGCGAGGUCGUGAUUGAGGGCGGAAGCGGGGUACUUGGCCGUGCAAACGUCAGCCCACCUGCGUGGGCGCCCUUGCGCAACAACUCUGCGACCAGGGGUCCGUACUUUCGCACGGGCAUGUUGGCCAAGAACAACCCUGAUGGCAGCGUCUCACCUGUUGGUCGAAUGAGCAACCGACUGAAGCUGGGCGGGCAGAUGAUCCAGCUUGAACAGAUCGAGCGCGUCCUGGUGCGCUGCAGUCAGCUGAGAGAUGCAGUCGUAGUGGCCAGGAUAGCGGCGGGAAGAACCCAGUUAGUGGCCGUGGUUUGCUUAGCCGAUCCCCGUCUGCCGAGUUGCAAGGUGCUGGGAGAGCUUCCGGAGCAGGACGCCCGUGCUGCUUGCCAGGCCGUCUCUGCAUGGGCGCUGUCCGGGCUUUCCCCAGCCUUGGUUCCGACCGUUAUCCAUGUCGUCGAGGAACUACCUCGAUCGCUGCCGCACCGAGUAGAUCGCCUUGCCGUUCGUGAGUGGCUUCGUCAACCCCAUAAUUGA